AUGCGGCCCGCGACGAAAAAACAUUCCUCCCGACACAUACUCGAGUCCCUGCGACACAAGCGCACAAUUUCCCUUUCCACCGACUCACCUGCAUCGGAAAUGUCCGACCAUCACGAAUGCUUCACAGAGGCAGAGCUGGACACAACUCUAAAUGUGUACCUUUUGCACAAAGCGACCCGUCCCAUGGCGGAAUUCGUAAAGAUUCAAUACAUGGAGGGAAAGACAAACACAAGCGAGUUCCUGGAAGUGACAGCGGUGAUGACGGAAUCCUUGUUGGAAACAACCAGCGAAAAAGGAGCCCCAACAACAGACAUCAAGAAGGUGAUGGACAUGGAAGAUAAGUGGAAAGAAACAUGGGAAGAAAUCAAAGCCGCGAAGGACCCGUUGGAGGGGUACAAAAUCCAAGAUGAAAUCGGCAAUUGUAGCGCAUCAGAUGUCCCCAAUGGUCGCCGCAACCGCUACGAUUCUGCUGGGGUUGGCAGGGACAAAGUCGCAACAGGCCAGCUAUCAAGAGCGAAUUGCCGCAUGGUUUUCCAUGUUUGUUGA